UGUUAUGGCUGGAGGACUCUUCGCCGUUAACCGAAAAUGGUUCUGGGAGCUGGGCGGCUAUGAUCCAGGAUUAGAAAUAUGGGGAGGAGAGCAGUAUGAAAUCUCCUUUAAGGUGUGGAUGUGUGGAGGUGGCAUGUUUGAUGUCCCAUGCUCUCGAGUCGGGCACAUCUACAGGAAGUACGUCCCUUACAAGGUUCCCUCUGGGACCAGCCUAGCACGAAACCUGAAGCGCGUGGCAGAGACGUGGAUGGAUGAGUUUGCAGAAUACAUUUACCAGCGGCGGCCCGAGUACAGGCAUCUCUCAACUGGAGAUAUCUCUGCCCAGAAGGAACUUCGCAAGCACCUUAAAUGCAAAGAUUUCAAGUGGUUCAUGGCUGCAGUGGCUUGGGAUGUCCCAAAAUACUACCCUCCUGUGGAGCCUCCGCCUGCUGCCUGGGGGGAGAUCCGAAACGUGGCAGCCAAUCUCUGUGUGGACAGUAAACAUGGAGCCACAGGGACUGAGCUGAGGCUAGACAUUUGUGUGAAGGAUGGCUCAGAACGGACAUGGUCACACGAACAGCUGUUCACCUUUGGUUGGAGAGAGGACAUCCGCCCCGGGGAGCCACUUCACACCAGGAAGUUCUGCUUCGAUGCCAUUUCGCACAGUAGCCCUGUCACACUCUAUGACUGUCACGGGAUGAAGGGAAACCAGCACUGGAGCUAUAGGAAGGACAAAACUUUGUUCCAUCCGGUAAGCAACAGCUGCAUAGAUUGCAACCCAGCUGAGAAGAAGAUUUUCAUGAACAGAUGUGAUCCUUUAUCUGAAACUCAACAGUGGAUGUUCGAACAUAUUAAUAUGACUGUUUUAGAAAAAUUUAACAGCAAAGCCAGUUCCUAGAAAAAAAA